GCUGGCGAAGGAAGACGGGAAGUGCGCCGCCAGUGGCAGUACAGGGACCGGACAAGGACUCUGCACACCCCCAAUUUGGUGUGUGCGGUCAGAGAAGGGCCCAGGUCCUCUGUACCUAGCGGGUGGAGCAAGGUGCCAGUAGGGUUCACGCGCGGGCGAGCUGCUUGGAGGUCUCUGACGGGAAGGUGCCAACCGCAGGGGGUCGAGCUCGUACCCGCCCCACCCUGGCUGCGGCAGCGCGGGGAGGAAGCGCGCAGAGGCCGAGUGCAGAAGUUUCCUUUUCUGAACAGCUUCAGCUAGACAGGGUGGGAAUGCAUGACUUCAGUCGGAAGAAAACUCGGGGGGAGCCCAAGGGCUCAAAAUAAGCGACUUCCCGAAAAAUCAACAUAAAAAAAAAAAAAAAAAAAAAAAAAAAAAACCUCCUCUCCCCACCGCUAGCCAUGGGCAGCCGAGAUCACUUGUUCAAAGUGCUGGUGGUGGGGGACGCCGCCGUGGGCAAGACGUCACUGGUCCAGCGCUACUCCCAGGACAGCUUCAGCAAGCACUACAAGUCCACCGUGGGAGUGGAUUUUGCGCUGAAGGUUCUCCAGUGGUCUGACUCAGAGAUGGUGCGGCUUCAACUUUGGGAUAUUGCAGGGCAAGAGCGUUUCACCUCAAUGACGCGACUAUACUAUCGAGAUGCUUCUGCCUGUGUUAUUAUGUUUGAUGUUACCAAUGCCACUACUUUCAGCAACAGCCAAAGAUGGAAACAGGAUCUGGACAGCAAGCUCACAUUGCCCAGUGGAGAGCCAGUGCCCUGCCUGCUCUUGGCCAACAAGAGUGAUCUGUCUCCUUGGGCAGUGAGCCGGGACCAGAUUGACCGGUUCAGUAAAGAGAACGGUUUCACAGGUUGGACAGAAACGUCAGUCAAGGAGAACAGAAAUAUUAAUGAAGCCAUGAGAGUCCUCGUUGAAAAGAUGAUGAACAAUUCCAGAGAAGAUGUAAUGUCUUUGUCCACCCAGGGGAACUACAUCAAUCUCCAAACCAAGCCCUCCUCUGGCUGGACCUGCUGCUAGUUCUUUUAGGCUUCUUUUCUAUCCAGGUCACCGAGUCCACCUCUUCCUGUUGAUUGCCCACCCGGCAUAAAAGUCUGUUAAGAACAUUUGAACUGUCUCUUGCCAACUGCUGCCCAGAAAGGAGGCCCGCCCCCUGGGGCUUGGGAAAGGCCACCUGGGACCCAUGUGCAUUUUGGUUGCUCUUAGAUGUUGUCUCUGAAUUACUGUUGGCUCAUGUAGUCCAACUAGAGCAUCCUGUGUGACCGUGAUCAUCUCAUCCCUCAACUGUGACAUGAGUUUAUGGGAAGGAUUAAAAAUUAGCACCGUGUGCUUGUUUGUGUUUGUGGUACCCAGGAUGAGACUCAGGGCCUUGCAUGUUCUGGGCAAGCACAUUGUUGCUGAUGCACAUCCAAGCCUUAGCAUCUGAGUUUGAAAAUAAUUCCCAGGGUUCACAAGAUGGCUCAGUGCAUAAACACAUUUGUCACCAAGCCAGAAAACCUGAGUUCAGUCCCUGGGGACCACAUGUUGGGAGAAUUGACUCACACAAGUUUGUCCUGUGACUUAGACACACUCACCAUGACACACUCUCGCUCUCACACAUACAAAGUAAAUAAGUAAAUAUGAAAAGUAUGAAUAAAAUAAUUCUCAAAGACAACUUGUGGUGCAUAUGCCUAAAAUCCUAGUACCUGGGUGGCUGAAGCAGGAGGAUUAAAUUAUACAGGCACAGCUUGGGCCACGUAGUGUAAGAUCCCAUCUUUAAAAAUAAUAAUCAUAAUAGCAAUAUUUCUCUCCAAUUUUUGGGGACUUUUUUCUAUUUGAUGUAGAAAGACACCAUGAGUUCAGACUGAGAAGAAAUAAGAUCAGAUGGCCUUUAAGCCAAAUUCCAUUUUCUUUCAGAUUCUUCCUGUAUUGGAUUUAACAUUUCAACAUCAGAUUCUGGGGUGCAGAAGGAAGGCAUUGGACUAGUUUGGGGCUACUGGUGGAAAAACAGGAUCACUAUAUUUUUAAAACUUUUAGUCAUAAUUAGCUUUACCUUGUCUUGGCUUCAAGAAGUCAAGUUUUGGGCUGAAGAGAUGGUUCAGCAGUAAAGAGCUUUCUGCUUCUAGAGAGAAGCUGAGCCUGACACCUAGCAACCACACUGGGAAGCUGACCACCUCCUGUAACCCCAGCUGCAGAGGAAUUCAUCGUCUCUGGUCUCAGAAAACACCUUUAUUCACAUGCAUAUACAGACGUACACAUACAUACAUGACAUAUACAUAUC